AAUGAAGUGGCUCGAAAGGAUGAGGACAGACAACACAGUGAGAGAAGGAAACUUGGCUAGGGCGCCUAGUGUUUAUGGAUAUUGCAGAGAAUAUAUCGUUCUAAUAUAGCGCAAGUGGCAUUGGAUUCGAUAGCCAAUGUGAAUUAUAUUAAUUGUAGUUAGCUCUCUGGAUACUCUUUGCAGUUUUAAAGAACCCGCUCUGUGUCUGCUACGCUUCUCUCUAUGUUUGAGUGUCUUCCGGCGGCAGCGGUGGCAGCAGCAGUAGCAGCGGCAGUGCCAUGAAUAGUGGGCUCCCAGCUUCAGCUGCUCCACUCGGGGGGGUCGGGAUUCCCAGCAUCAAGGUGAAGUUCUGCCGAUAUUACGCCAAGGACAAGACUUGCUUUUAUGGAGACGAGUGUCAGUUUUUGCACGAAGACCCGUCCGUGGCGAGCCUACCUCUGCAUGGUGGCGGAGGCAGUCCUGUCCCUCUCUCCAUGGCUGGGGGAGCUGUGGCGGCAGCUGGAUACCCUAUCGGUGGAACGGCGGUAGCCUGUCCGGGCGGCGGGGGAGCAAGUGGCCCAAAAAAGAACGAGUCUGUGGGGCCUGCAGGCACGGGUCUGGAUGGACAACUGUUAACCAUCCCUGGAAUGGAUGGUGGAGCCCUGACUGACACCAGUCUCACCAACUCCUACUUCAGCAGCAGCUUCAUUGGGGUGAACGGGUUUGGGAGCCCCACUGAACCCAAGUACUCCAUGAUGCAGCGAAUGGCCAGCAGCAGCAGUUCUCCCAGCCUCCUGAAUGACAGUGCCAAGAGCUACGCCUCACACGAUGCCGUGAGCUCGCCUGCGUCGACCCUCUUCAGCGACUUCACAGCACUGAGCCUAGCGCAGAGGAGAAAGGCUCCGAACCCAACGGCGACCGAGUUUGUUCCGAAGGGAACGACGGGGCCCCGCGUGGCGUCCAUUUCCCAGCCCAGCAUGCCUGCCUUCUCCUCCCCGCUCUUCUCCCACCCUGCCUUGGGCAGCUCCACUGUGGCUGCCCUCGCCCCAGGAAUGUCCCUCUCGGCUGGGUCUUCACCUCUCCAUUCCCCCAAAAUCACCCCCCACACCUCUCCUGCCCCACGCCGACGCAGCCAUACCCCAAACCCCAACCCAAACCCUGCCAGCUACCUGGUGCCUACCAGUGCCUCCACCCCACUGACUGACCCCGGAGCGGCUGCCCAUAUCAUCCAGAAGGAGACCGUGGGUGGGACCACCUACUUCUACACCGACAACACCCCCGCGCCUAUGGCUGGGAUGGUCUCAAAAACUGCUCGAGCUCCAACUAUGAGCGAAUGUGGCUGUGGUGGGUGCUCUUUGGGAAGGGAACUUCUUUCCAAAAUGGUCUUUCCCCCUUACCACAUCUACCCCCCCACGGCUCCUCAUGUGGCGUACAUGCAGCCCAAAGCAAACGCCCCGUCCUUCUUCAUGGCCGACGAGCUCCGACAGGAGCUGAUCAACAGGCACCUAAUAACAAUGGCACAAAUUGACCAAUCAGAAAACCCCGGGGUUCCAACAGAAGUGGACAGUUAUCACAGCCUCUUUCCCUUGGAGCCCCUCCCCCCACCUAACCGCCUGCAGAAAACUAGCAACUUCAGUUACAUCACUUCCUGUUACAAAGCCGUCAACAGCAAAGAUGACUUGCCCUACUGUCUGAGACGGAUACAUGGUUUCAGACUGCUGAACACCAAGUGUAUGAUGCUCGUGGACAUGUGGAAAAAGAUCCAGCAUUCCAACUCUGUGACCCUGAGAGAGGUCUUCACCACCAAGGCUUUUGGAGACCACUCUUUGGUAUUCUCCUACGACUUCCACGCGGGGGCAGAAACCAUGUUCACCCGCCAUUUCAACGACCCGACUGCUGACUCCUACUUCACCAAGAGGAAAUGGGCAGGCCAGCCCGAUCCCCCCCCUCCCCGCCAGCACGCCGGCCUGCUGCCCGAGUCUCUGAUCUGGGCCUACAUCGUCCAGCUGAGCUCUGCCCUGCGCACCGUCCACACCGCCGGCCUGGCCUGCAGAGUGAUGGACCCCAGCAAGAUCCUCAUCACUGGCAAGACCAGGUUACGGGUGAACUGCGUCGGAGUCUUCGACGUGUUAACGUUUGACAGCAGUCAGGCCAACCCUCUGGCUCUCAUGGCUCAGUACCAGCAAGCAGAUCUCAUCUCAUUGGGCAAGGUGGUGCUGGCCUUGGCUUGUAACUCACUGGCCGGGAUUCAGAGAGAGAAUCUCCAGAAAGCUAUGGAGCUUGUGUCAAUCAACUACUCCUCUGACCUCAAGAACCUCAUCCUGUACCUGCUGACGGAGCAGAGUCGCCUGCGCAGUGUCAAUGACAUCAUGCCCAUGAUCGGGGCUCGCUUCUACACCCAGCUGGACGCUUCACAGAUGAGAAACGAUGUCAUUGAGGAGGACUUGGCCAAGGAGGUGCAAAAUGGACGCCUCUUCCGGCUACUGGCAAAGCUGGGAACCAUCAACGAGAGGCCAGAGUUCCAGAAGGAUCCCACCUGGUCAGAGACGGGAGACCGCUACCUGCUGAAGCUCUUCAGAGAUCACCUGUUCCACCAGGUGACUGAUGCAGGAACCCCGUGGAUUGACCUCAGCCACAUCGUUUCCUGCCUCAACAAGCUGGAUGCAGGUGUGCCAGAGAAGAUCAGCUUGGUGUCUCGGGAUGAGAAAAGCAUCCUGGUGGUGACCUACUCCGAUUUGAAGCGCUGCUUCGACAGCACCUUCCAGGAGCUGAUGGCUGCGGCCAACGGUCAGCUGUAGCUGCGGCCAGCGGUCACCUGUGGAUGCAGGUGGACGCUUUUGGCCAGGAUGCACUGAGGAGUAAAACUGGAGCUACGCUGCAGCUGACAGACUGAGGUCCAGAGACCGGGAAACCAGAAGGGGAAACUCUACGCCUCCGCCUGGUACACUUCUGUCUGGAGGGCUCUUUUCUCCAGGCUUGUUUUUUAAGUUUCGAAAAUUUGACCCUAGAGCAUCAGUACUGGACACAACAAGGGGCUGUGAUGAUUUUUCGGAUUCGGGGAACAAAACCAGAUGUUUCACUUUUCCUGCUUUUUAUUUUUUUAUUUGGGGUUUUAUAUUCCUGUGGUUGAUGCACUGAAUUUUAUUUUAUUUUUAAAAGUCUUUUUGUGUGUGGUCUUCGGAGUGCAGGGGAAAGCUGGCUCUUUCAUAGUCCUUCCUAUUGGAGAGCAGAGACAUAGUCUUUCUUCCUAUUGGAGAGCAUAGACCUGGUCUUCCUAUUGCAGUUGGAAGGCACUGUUUUUCAACCUAUUUGGGAGUUGAGAGACUUGUUCUUCUUUCCUAAUUAAGUGGAGGCCCGUGAUCUUUCUUCCUAUUGGAGAGGAGAGGCAUGGUCUUUUUUUCCUAUUGGUGAGGAAAGGCAUCAUCUUUCUUCCUGUCAGAGAGGAGAAGCCUAUUUCUUCCUGUUGGACAGGAUGUGGUCGCUUCACGGCCAUUCUGUUUUGUGUCUCCAAGGGUUUGACCAAAACUAAACUGAAAGCCCUCUGCUGCAUCGACAACAGAAUCAAGGUUGGACCAUCAAGGGGGAUUAGCCCUGUGGGUAAGAAGGUUCACUUCCUGCACCCACACACCCAUCUUCACUCCCACUCAGUCAAUGAUUGUUCUCUUCUCUUUGUCUCGCCACCUCUUCAGUUUCACAACUGGUCUGAUGUAGGGUGGAAGUAUUGAUCCAGCAAGGGGUAAGAACAUUGGUCUGACAGGGUCUUGGAUAACACAAGGCAUUUCCCCUCAGUAUGCAAGUGAUGCUUCUGCCUUUGAUCUGGUUGUAUUUUGCAGGCACUGGUGACAGCCUGGGGACAAUUCUCUUGAACUGCUGUGGAUUUUUUCUCUCUGGACAGAAAUCCCUUUCUGGUCCAGGACCGAUUCCAAACUCCUUUUGAAACCUGAAUAAGCCAAGCUCUGGCUAAGGUUAUCUGAUUAUGUCUUUUUGUAUGUUUUUGAGAAUUCACACCUUACGUGAUUUUAUAGGAAAAGGAACAUUGAGAUUUCCUCACAGCGGCCAUGCACAGAGGCAUGAUGGGAUGCAGAUGGCCUCCUCCCUGCUAUAUCCUGUGGACUAUUUAUUUUGUGUCUAAAAAUGCUCACUGUUGCGGAUUAUGUGCUUUUUAAGUAUCUCUUUAAUGACCCAGGCUUGGAGGCAAGCGGGGCUUCUCCAAACAACACGGACAGUUUCACUGACCUAUUGAAUAGAGCUUAAUCUUCAACAAAAGUCGUAAUCGGAAUGUGACUGGCCCCUUAUUUUGCUGGAAAGGGAAGGGGUGAGGCUGCGGUAGCUGAGAGGAUAUCCUGUGACUUUGAUUGCUGGCGGGCCAGGCCAGCCCAGGUUCGAUUCUGAUCCCAGGAAGAGGAGGAGCAGUGGAACAGGGGGUUUGAAUCAUGCAUUUUGUCUCUUUUUUCUGAUAAAUGGCCAGACCUUGUCUCGCACACACUCGGACGCACGCAGACACACGCACAUACACACAUACACAUACACAUACACACACAUUUGCACGCACACACACCACACACGCCACACACGCCACCCACACACACACACACACACACACACACACACACAUACACAUACACACCACACAGACACACCAUAUUUGUGCCACCUCCCCAAUAAAUUGUUUGUAUCAUGACCCUAUUGUGUUUGUCUCAAAUUUUGCAAUAUUUGUGUGUACAGCAGUAUUUUAAUAAAGAAUACCAACACUUCACCAGA